AUGACAACAGCUAUGGAGAUUGGUAUUAUUGCUAGAGAAAACAUCAAACCCUCCUCUCCAACCCCCACUCACUUGAAAACCUUCAAGCUUUCCCUUUUGGAUCAAAUGGUUCCCCCCACUUACAUUCCACUGCUGCUCUUCUAUCCCACAAGUGAUCAUCACAGAGCCCGGCAGCUAAAGAAAUCACUAUCUGAAACUCUAACUCGCUUCUAUCCAUUUGCUGGAACGAUCAAAGACAACUCCUUUAUCGAAUGCAAUGACAAUGGGGCAUGCUUCAUUGAAGCUCGAGUCAGCUGCCUACUUUCACACAUUCUCAAUGAACCUGACCAUGAGGUGCUAAAACAAUUGCUGCCUAUCAACUUUGAGUCCCCAGAAGAAGGCAGGGGAUGUGUUCUGCAUGUUCAAGCCAACUACUUUAAGUGUGGUGCAAUGGCUAUUGGCAUAUGCCUUUCCCACAAGAUAGCUGAUGCAGCCACAUUGACCACAUUCAUCAAAACCUGGGCUGCCACUGCUUCUGGGAUUGUUGAUGAGAGUGUGGUAGUUCCUCUGUUCAAUGCAGUGUCAAUGAUGCCACUGAAAGACAUCUCGAUAGCCCCGCCAGCUGUUGAGAUCAAACAGCACAAGUCUGUGACAAAGAGGUUUGUAUUUAAUUCCUCAAAGAUUGCUGCUCUUAAAGCUAAGGUUACUAAUAAUUCUGUGAGUGCUGAAGUUGAACAUCCUACAAAGGUGGAAACUUUAGCUGCCCUGAUUUGGAAAUGUGCAAUGAAGGCCUCAAGGGCCAAUUUGGGGAUUUCAACUAGGCCAUCAGCGUUGUACCAAAAUGUGAACAUUAGAAGCAGAGUUUUGCCCCCCGUGCCUAAUGAAUCUAUUGGGAACUUUGUUGGGUCCUUCAUUGCUAGAACAUCGGAGGCUGAGACAGAGUUACAUGGGUUGGUUGCUGAAUUGAGGAAAGGGAUUCUGCAAUUUUGCAAGAAUGCAAAAAGGGUUCCACUGAUUGAGGACAUUUCAGUAAUUUUGAAGCCUCAGAUUGAGGCUAUAGGCUUGUUGUGUAGGGAUGACGUGGACUUCUAUGCGUGCACCAGUUGGUGCAGGUUUCAGGUAUAUGAAGCUGCAGAUUUUGGGUGGGGAAAGCCAAUGUGGGUGACUUCAGCUAACCCAACAUGCAAGAAUAUGGUAAUUUUGUUAGAUACUAAAGAUGGUGAUGGAAUAGAGUGUUUGGUGAGAUUGACAGAAGAAGACAUGAAAGUGUUUGAGUGUGACCAAGAGCUGCUUGCUUAUGCAUCUUUGAACCCAAGUAUCUUCAAAACUGGUUGA